AAGCUCAUAAUGCCAUGCCACUGGAGUACCAAUUCACGCCUGUGCAACCAGCUAGAUCCACGCUGUAGCUCGGUAAUCGGUUUGUUCUUGCACACAGGGAGAAACCGCUAAUUUUUCAGACUGUUCCUGAAGGCGUCUUUGGCGCAUGCGGAGUAAGCACAAAACGGUGCAGAGCGUGGUUGGAGUCUUGGAGAGUGGUUCCUCGCUGCAGAGAAACCGCAACAAGGCACCAGGACUAUGAAAAAGGAGUAAAACGCGACUUACAACAGUUUUCCUCACAAGAACCCAAAAGGAAACACCCUCAAAUUCCACAAAUCCCAAAGAAUGGGAAUGUCCACGUUGAAGAGCACUUUCCCCUGUGAAAUCCAAGGAAAGCGGCUCUGCUGCUUUGUGCGAAGGAGCCCGUCUCAUUUGAUGAAUGGAUGAAAAACACCGCGACUCAUUGUGUCAACGACAGAUUCUGGAGAAUUCCAACCGACCCGCCUUUCAGUUGAGGAGCCAGACUGCAUACAUUCUUCAUUUGACAGCCGCUCGUUUUCCACCAAAAUUCCACUCACGGGAUGCUUUGGCGCUGCUCUGCUGGGAAGGGCUGAAGAAAACGACAGCGUGGAAAUAUGGGUGAAGUUCAAGACGUGAAGAAUAUGAAGAAGGUCUUCGUGGCACCGGCUAUUAAGUCCUUUGAGCACUAUGACUUCUCCCGGGCUAAAAUCUGUUGCAGUCUCUCAUGGCUGCUGUCCAAAGCGUAUGGGGCAGACAGCAUCCCAGCAGACAUGAAAGAGCCCUUCUAUACGGACCAGUAUGAGCAGGAGCACCUCAAACCCCCUGUGGCCAGUCUUCUGCUGUCCGCGGACCUCUACUGCCGGGCCGCCACCUUGAUCCUGAGGAGUGGUAAUGGUGAACCUCUACAGGGCCACAACGCUGUCAUUCAGGCUCUGGCCCAGCGAGGACUCUAUGUCACCGACCAUGAUCGACUUGUCACCGAGAGGGACCUUCAAAAGCGACCUCUGCAAAUGAGUGCUCAUCUGGCAUUGAUUGACUCUCUGCUGCUGGCGUACGCAGCGGACACCCUGAGUGUGGAGAAGGUGAUGGCUAGCAUUCGCCCGUAUUCAUCCUGCAACUCUGAGGAGGAAACGCCAUACGAUACAGAGGACGCAGUCACCACCUGGAUAAAUAAGAUAAACGAGUAUCUGAAGGACAUUGUGGCUCAGGAGGAGAAGAAAAAAAAGGAGACACAGAAUGCAGAGACUGCAGGAAGUCCUCGGUCUCCCACCAAGUGGUACAUGAAGCUUGUGCCUGCCCGCUACAGGAAAGAGCAAAGCAGCACUCAGGUGAUUCCCUGGAUCCCUCCAGUGGAUAACCUGCUGAAGGACAGCACAGAUGGCUCAGCACUGGGUGCUCUUCUGCACUUCUACUGCCCCCAGCUGCUGCCUCUCGAUGAUGUGUGUCUGAAGGAGAACAUGACACUGGCGGAUCGUCUCUACAACGUGCAGCUCAUUCAGGACUUCUGCAGAGACAACCUGGACAGCUGCUGCCAUUUCAGUGUGGAGGACAUGCUCUAUGCCUCGUCCACCAUCAAGAAUAACUAUUUGGCGUUUAUGGCAGAGCUGUUUUGGUGGUUUGAGGAUGUUAAACCCUCUUUUGUGAAGCCGAGAAUCUCAGACCAUGAAGCCACAGACCCCUCAUCCUUGUUAAAGAAUAUCCCAGCCAUCCCAAUCUCUAAGGCAACGAAGAGGAGCUUCAUGGAAAGACCCCCCAGUCCUGAAAGACCAAGUUUGCCCCUGCGACCUCAGCCUCGAAAUUCAGGUGAAAUCAAAAGGUCGACGUCAAUGUCCUUUGUGGAUAGCAACCUUGGUACCUGGCCCAAAGAGAAAAGGCCUGGGCCUUAUGGAGUAUCCUUUGACAUCCCUUUCGACAAAGAGGAAAAAGCCCCUGCACCUCAUUCCUCCACGCGUGGUAUGGUCAGGUCCAUCAGCACUGAUGACGGUUCUGGUUUUAAAGUCCACCAACUCCCCCGCGGGAUGAAGCGGAACCUGUCCUUCCAGCCAGUGAACGGUCAAAGCGUUGGCAUUGAGGAGGAGGGUUGCCCCGACAGCCUAGCCGGUAUGGAGCCUGACAGGCGGACCUACCCUAAUGGAUCUAGCAGAGUCACAUCAACAACUCCCUCUAUGGAGGAAGCCCUCCAGAUCAUUCACAGCCCAAGCAGGCCUCCCGUGGAAGGUAUCAACAAUGGUUUCUUCCUGCACAGCCCGGACCUUGGCACUGGCAUUGGCAGCUUGGAGCCAGUGUCUGAGCUGGACUCCAAAGGACUUCUGAGCCCGACAGACACCACAGAGGUUGACACUGGUAUCCACAUUCAUACAGAAGACAUGCUGGAUGAGGAUUCCUCACUGAAAGACUGCUCUGUGAACAUGGACCUGGAUAUGGAUACACCCAGCCCUUGCCCAAGCAGUCAGAGCAAAUCCCCCUCCGCAAUGAAGAUGACCAACUUUGCAGAGCAGAAGAUGAAGAAACUGAAUCCAUCUGCGCCUGACUCGGGGCGGGAGAGCAGCAGCUCCCUAAAAACAACACCAGAGGGUUCAGAUUUAGGUUUGCCAUUAUCAGUUUCAUGGGCUCCGACCCCUGAACAUAGUCCCAUUCAUCAACAAACACCAACAGUCCCUACUAAAGCAUCAUCUGUCCAGCUUCCACCCAAUGACCCUGCUCAGGUCAUGGCAACAGAGAUGGUUCAGCUGAGGAUGCGAUUGGAGGAGAAAAGGAAAGCCAUUGAAGCGCAAAAGAAGAAGGUGGAGGCGGCUUUUACCAGGCACCGGCAAAAGGCGGGACACUCUGCCUUUCUUAAUGUGGUGAAAAGAAAGGGGGACGGAGCAGCAAGUGGAGGCGAUGAAGGAGGCAAAGUUGAUGGUGAAGGCAAGGCUGCAAGUCCCAAUUUGAGGUGUGGUCGAAGCAGUGCAGACACACCUGACGGGGCGGAGCAAAGCAGUACAAGCUCCUGUUGGCAAAAGUCCCCUUGUGGAGGCGAGGAGGGUGGGCAAGGCCACGCCCAGCUCACUGAGGCAGACCUCACCGAGUAUACGCGCUCCAUUGAGAAACUCAACCAUUCUUUAGCCUUCCUCCAGACUGAGAUGCAGCGGCUGGCUCAGCAGCAGGAAGUCAUCAUGGCCAUGAGGGAGCAGCAACAUCAACAGGCGUGGGUCAUUUCUCCCUCUCACGCAAACCCCUCGCCACAAAAAUACGGCCGAGGUGGUGCCGUCACUCGAUCCUCAGGACCCUCCUCCCCGGCAGACUCCCCUCGCCCGGCCCACCGCUCUCCAACCAGCAUCAAGCGCAAAUCUGCCUCAUUUCACUCCCGCAACCCUCGUACCGUCCGCCCCAGUGAACUCAAGUUGGCCCCUUACAACCGCGUCCUCACCGCCCCUCAGUCUGUGGAUAGCAUCCCCAGACUGCGGCGUUUUUCUCCCUGCCCCCCCACAGCCAGCUCCUUUGUUUACAUGGGGGAGAAGCCGGCAGCUUCCAGCCUCGAAUCAGCCAACAAGGAGACAGACUCGCCCCUAUCCCCAGACAAGGAGCUCAGUGGUGUCUGUGCAUCUCCUCCCAGCUCUCCGAAAGGGGAGAAAACAGAGGGGGACUCAAAGGCCCAAAUCCAGGAGCCAAAAUCACCCACCCAAAGCCACACCACUGAUAUGGAAACAGUUGGUGUCGAUUUGAAGCCUGCACAGACGUCAUUUGCUGAAGUUCUGGCCCACCCAGUGGUAGAGACCUUCACGGUGACCCCCACAGAGAUCCCCACGUUGCCAGAUGUCAAGAGCAACCUAAUUGAGGUUCCUCUGUCGGUCGUGAAGCGGCUGGAAGAUAUGACACUUGAUGGCAGCGUGGAGUUGGAGCUUGGAGAUGUGGAUGUCUCGGAGGAGGAACAGAGGCUGUGUCGUGGCUUCUUCUUCAAGGAGGACGGAAAGGCAGAGGAAAACAUGGCUCAGAAAAGGGCCGCCCUGAUGGAGAAGAGGAUGAGGAGAGAGAAGGAAAGCCAGCAGAGGAAGAUGCAGCAGGAGGCGGAGCUAGAGCAAAAGAAGGAGGAGGCUCGGUUGAAAGCGGAGGAGGAGCGCAUCAGGAAGGAGGAAGACAAGGCCAGGAAGGAGUUCAUCAAGCAGGAGUAUCUCAGGAGGAAGCAGCUGAAGCUGAUGGAGGACAUGGACACCGUCAUCAAGGCUCGACCAGCUGGCAGCGCCAGGCAGAGGCGAGGUCGGCCCAAGUCGAUCCAUCGCGACAGCCUUGACUCCCCAAAAACUCCGGUCCGGGCUGUCGCAGUCUCCAGCUUGUCCUUGGCGUCCCUGGGAGACGGCGACGGCGUACAAUCGGAGAAGAGAGCGCAAAGAAGUGCUAGUUUAGCCUCUGGAAGUCUCCUCUGCUUUCUUAGCUCUCCUAAACUGAGAAGGAGAAGGCCUGAUUCUGCAGAUGGCUUCCUGUCCCCGAGUCGUUCCAGCAGCAGGAAUGGGGAGAAGGACUGGGAGAAUGCAUCCACCACCUCUUCCGUCACAUCCAUCACAGAGUACACAGGACCUAAACUCUACAAAGAGCCAAGUGCCAAAUCUAAUAAGCACAUCAUCCAGAACGCGCUAGCCCACUGCUGCCUCGCCGGCAAGGUCAAUGAGGGGCAGAAGAACAAGAUCCUAGAGGAAAUGGAGAAAUCGGAGGCCAACAACUUCCUGGUUUUGUUCCGAGACGCCGGCUGCCAGUUCCGCUCCCUAUACACUUACUGCCCCGACACCGAGGAGAUCAACAAACUAGCAGGCGUCGGCCCGAAGAGCAUCACACGCAAGAUGAUCGACGGCCUCUACAAGUACAACUCGGACAAGAAGCAGUUCAGCCUGAUACCAGCUAAGACCAUGUCGGCCAGCGUGGACGCCGUCACUAUCCACAACCACCUGUGGCAAACCAAGAAGCCAGCCACCCCUAAAAAAGUAGUGCCUGCCCCCCAGUCCUGAUGGAACCUGAACAAAAUUGCACUUUCACCGCAUAUUUCCAUGACGAUUCCAACACCUGCAAUUCCACGUAGUUGGUUCCCAUCCAUCAAUUUUCUGCUGAUGACGAAUGAUGUAAAUAUCUUUAACUUUUUUUUUUUUAAAGCCAAGUCAUGUGGGAGUCUAGUUUAUGAAGGCAUGUGUGAGUACAGUUUUUAUUUCCUAUGUGCCAAACGUCAAAAACGAGACCGUAUGAAUGCUAGGACAUUGUACUCAGAACACUGAAGCACUGAAUGUUUAUAAUUCAUGUACAGAUUGAUUUUAAUUUGUGAGUGCAAUGAGGUGAUUGUAAUCCGACGUACUCGGUUGCUUUCUUUUUUUAUAUACUAUAUAUUCAAAGGAAGCCUUUGUGUUUAUGAGUAACCAUGUUUGUACGUUACGGUACGCAAAAUCAAAGGGCCAAAAAGAUUGCAUACAGCUAGCGUUCGCCACACACCACUUGUGUGUUCAGCUCAACAAAGUCAAACGGUUUCAGCUUUUUCAGGACCCCUUUCUUUGGAGGAAUGUAGGCCAUCACUCCAGAUAGAACAUAUGUGUUGUGUUCGUCUUGUGUUUAAGUGAAAGUGUCAGACAGUGGAAAUUAGGGGUGCAACGAUACACAAAAUUCACGGUUCGGUUUGGUACUUUUUCGAUGCAAAAAAAGAAAUUAACUUACCUUUUUAAUUAGAAUUUUAUUAUAAUUGCCAGCAUUUUUGUUAUUUUUCAACAUUCUCAGUGUGGUAUGAAUGUGGGAGGCGGAGCUGAGUGGCUCUGUGCUUGACAGUGCAACCUAAGCCAGAGUAGUCGAUCGCAGAUGCGCUGAGCUUUCAGCACAGGGCGCCGUCAGAAGUUGUUAAAAUAAAUCUAAAACUGCGUAUUGUUCGAUACAGGGCUCACGGUUCGGUAUGCAUGUUUAUUGAUACGCGUAUUGUUGCACCCCUCGUGGAAAUGAUUCAUUUGUCGUUUUGUUUUUGCACUUGGGAAGAUGAUUUUGAAUGAUGAUAUCCAGCAUAAAAUGAGCACAUUUUUACAGCCAUCAGACGCAUUUGGACCAAGUAUUUUCUACUAAGGAAAUAGAAGAAUGCAAGAAAGAUUAUUCUGUAUCAAACCGAUACGUUGUUUGAGUUUGACUGAUAUUUGACACGAGAUGGCCAAGAUAGCCCAGCACAAAUGUUAAACCAACUGUCAGGGAUGAUUGCGCAUACAGUAUCAAGGCAAGACCUGUAUUGGUUUUGAACUGCUGUAUAGGUCAAAAAUAAAUGCUGUAGGUGUUUGUUGUUGGCACCAUUACUGGUCAAGAUUCAUGGUCGCUUUUCUGCAGGUUCCUGCAGUCGACGGCUGUUUAUAUCAAAGUACGAGCUCUGUUGGUUAUCAACGGUUCUCGGCACAAAUUAGAGCAUAGCUCUGGUUUGCAUGUGUCAGUGUUUUCUUUCAAAGAUGAUCGCUCUAUCAGAGCAAGAACCCUAAUGAGCCAAUCGGUACAUGUACCUCGUCAAUGCUCUACCGUCUUCGUUUUUACCAUCUUUCCUCCAAUUUGCAGGGGUUGUUGUUCAACUUCAACGCAGGAACUCAAAUGUACAAUCCUGUCGAUAUCGAGCGACGCCCCCAUCCGUCAUGUUCCAAGGUCGAUUUGUGUGGAUUGAACACUGUCCUUGGUGACAGUUUUCUACUCGUGCUUUCAGUUUGAAACAUAUUGUACAAUCGCAAACGGUGCAGUCGCUCACACGGACUGAAAUCACACAGCGACGACUAAGAAGCCUUGUAUUGUAGACUAGUACUUUUGUUGGAAAAUCUGUAGUUUCACACUCUGUGUUACAGAUGAACGCCACGUAAUCCUCAUGUAUUUAAAUUGGCACAUCGUUAACAAUGGCGGUUAUCACGAGAGAGUGCUUUAGCUGCAACAUGUAAAGAUUAGGAAUAUUUUGCUAGUUUUCCGCUCUUUAGUUGUAGAAGGCAGAUGAUGUUCUGCUGCAUACGGGUAAGAAAAGGCACCGCUUUUCUUGGUGUCAUGAACAAAUAUGCUGACUUGGUGCAUCAUUUUAAACUUGGGCGGGGUGGGUAUUUAUGACUGAGAGAGAGCAUGUACUUUAGUUUAAAAUGUAAUCUAGUAUGUUGGUUUAUUGACCACAGGAAACCAAGGGAAUAUUUCAACUGUAAGAUUAUUGUACAGUCAGUGUGUUCAUGUGCAGACUUUGCUAUAAGGACUUUUCAUGUGCUGUCAUAAAAACAUGUAGUUUCUUUGUUUUUGCUGCAUUAAAUAAACUCAGCAUGGCCUCCAAAUACGUGUGUUUGUA